AUGGGAACACCGUUCGUGUCCCUCCUCGAACCGACGCGGCUCGACGCCUACAUCCGCGGCGCACCUCACGAUGAGCAGCCAGCGACCAUACCAAAGGAGAUCUGCGACGCUAUGGAGGUGCGCGAAGCCGUCUUCGUUCGGGAGCAAGGGGUCCCCUUCGAGAAUGAGUUCGACGCCGACGACAGUCGCGCGUGCCACUGGGUUUCGUACGCCUCUGUCAACAAGGUCGUGGAGCAGGAGGUCCUCGACGAUGCUGGCAACGUCGUCAAGCCCCGCCGCAGCAGCACCCGCAGCACGCCCAUCGGCACCAUCCGCCUCGUGCCUUUUCCCCACGCCCCGCACCCCAAGAACGGGGGAGUCUACUGGGACGGGGUUCUCAAGGAGGAUCCGGACGCAGCGGGGGAUGGGGAGGAGGCGGAGGACAAAACCAACGGGCUGCCCCCGCCCGAGUCGACGACGAGCCCGAUCGAGGAGCAGACGGAGAGCGCAGCGGAGCACGUGGGCGAGGAGAGGCGGAUGUCGGCAACAAAGGUGUUUGCGCCGGACCGCGCGACGGAGCUCCACAACGGGAGGGAGCCGUACGUCAAGCUGGGCCGACUGGCCGUGGUUAAGGAAUUUAGGGGACACCGAAUCGCGAGAUUGCUGGUUACGACGGCGUUGGCGUGGCUGAGGGCGCACCCUAGUUACUUUGACCCGAGCAUCAAGGAGAUGGGCCUCGAGCAGAUCGGGGCGACGAGCGCCGAGGAGGUGCCCAAGUGGAGGGGCCUCGUCUGCGUGCACUCGCAAAAGGCCGUGGUGGGCGCAUGGGAGAAGUUUGGGUUCAGGGUUGACGAGGAGAUGGGGACCUGGCGGGAGGAGGGUAUCGAGCACAAGGGCAUGUUUUUGCGGUUGGAUAUUGGGGAGGAAACGCCGACUAUCUGA